AUGCGUCGAUCGAGCGAGGACCAUGGGCGAGAUGACGACAUAGCGGCUCUAUUCGACGCCUCAAGCGAGCUCAACGACGUUUUCUCGUCCAUGAUCGGUGGGUACCCGACCGCUCGCACGGCGAGUCCUCCGAGAACGCCUCCGAGGACGCGUGUGACGAUGUACGACGAAAUUCCUACGGCGGAGGUUCUCAACGCCCCGCAGUCGCCGAUGUACGCUCAUUAUGGCUCGCCUACGCUAGUACAGUCGCCUCAGCGCGCACCCGGAUCGCCGUACGGGACGCACGAGCACGACGCUGAAGGCCAUGUGUAUCGUUCUCUGCAAGACGAUUUGCUGAAUGAGAUGUUUCGUCUGAAUCUCAGUCCAGGGAGUCCGGGCUCGAGCUUUGGCGUGAAUCUCACUCCAUCGCAAUCGCCCGUGUACGGUGGAUACAGCGAUCAUCGAGUCGAUAGUGGGCGAUCUCUCAGCGCGUCUCCAGCAUACGGCCAGCACCCAUCAUCGCCGAGCACUGGAUCCCCCAAACAACAGCACUCCCUAUACAAGACAGAGCUCUGCCGAAGCUGGGAAGAGAGUGGGACCUGUCGAUAUGGAUCUAAGUGUCAAUUCGCUCACGGUCGAGACGAGCUCAGACCGGUGCUGAGACACCCUAAAUACAAGACGGAGGUGUGUCGAACGUUUGCCGCUCAGGGGAGCUGCCCGUACGGAUCGCGCUGCCGUUUCAUCCACUAUCGCGCGCCGGAGGUCGAGGGCACGACCGUCACUCACCGCACCGCUCUAUCGGCGCUGAUGUCCGGGAAGUCACCGAACGCACACACUGCAGAUUGGAGCGACACGUUCCUGGCCACGCCGGCGCCGCUCGAUCCGAGACCGGCGACUCGCGCUGCUGCUCCGCCGGACAGCCCCGACGACUCUCCAAUCUCCGACGAGACCGCCGAUAUCUCCGACGCCAUCUCUGACGACCAAGCGGAUGAUUUAGAUUUACGUCGUCUACCCAUCUUCGCAUCCAUCGCGGCUUCGCCCGACCGAGACAUAUUCGAUCGGCGCUGA